ACCGUUGGUCUCUCUCCUUCCCUCUUUCUCAGCCUCUCGUUCCUCAUCUAAGUGUAGAAGUGAACCGCCGGUGACUUUCGCUUUCUUUUAAUUCCCGAUUAAAACAAUGAGCAGUCAGUUAGUUUCUUCCGUAUUCUCCGGAAUACAUCGCAUACCUAACCGUCACGAGACUCAUUCUCUCCUUCGCUCAAUUCUCUUCAUCCACGGGAACAAACCGGCCUGUUUUGAUCGUCGACGACCGAUUCUGCAUUCUUCCUACGGAUAUCGGAACGGAUACAGAGUCGGCGCCGCGGCUGAUGUUUCGGAAACGCCUUCGUCGUCUCUUCUCGACGACGAGCUAGUGAGCAGUGUAUCCGCCGUUAGGGAUGCGGACGAAGCGCUCGAGAUGAUUAGUGAUCGGUUCGGAACGAAUCGCGGCGGAGUAGUUGAAAUCGAAGAUUGCCGCUCGAUAAUCUCGGCUGCUGUGAGCCGCGGCAAUGUCGAGCUUGCCUUGUCGAUUUUCUACGCCAUGCGAGCGAGUUUCGAUUUAGGUGGGAGUGAAGUUGAUCGAUGGAGAUGGUCAAGGCCUGAUGUAGUGGUCUACACGAUGUUGGUCAAUGGACUUGCUGCUUCCUUGAGGGUUUCUGAUUCUCUAAAGAUCAUUAGAGAUAUUUGCCGCGUUGGAAUCUCCCCUGCUGAGGAGGUUCCCUUUGGUAAAGUUGUGAGAUGUCCAAGCUGUUUGAUUGCCAUUGCUGUUGCACAACCCCAGCAUGGAGUUCAGAUUGUCUCCUGUGCUAAAUGCCGAUACCAAUACGAGCUUUUCUCUGGUGACAUUACCAGCAUAGAAUCAGAAGAGCUCGGCAAAGACAUUCCUCUGUGGGAAAAGGGGCUCAGACUCAUCCAGAUAAAGAAGAACAAAAUCUCAUCUUCUGUGCACUCUAUUGUGGUACAAACUCCUUCAGGUACAGCACGAACGCACAGGUUUGCCACUGAGACAGCCGAGCUCCCUGCGCAAGAAGGAGAAAGAGUGACAAUUGCAUCUGCUGCUCCAUCAGAUGUUUACAGACAAGUGGGACCUUUCAAGUUUACCCCCAAAUCUCCAAACCUUUACCCUGGAGAACCCAUGAGCCUCACAAACCACAAGGACGGGCGAGAAUCGCUUUUGCUAAGACCUCCCAGUAAAGAAGGAGAUAAAUCCUUGCAGCCCUCGUUUCUUAUUCCUCUUCUUGCUGUUUUGGCUACCGGAGAUGCUGCUUCUGGGAUUAUUGAUCCCAGUUUGCCUCAGUUACUCUCAGUUGCUGCUGUUACGUCACUGGCAGUAGGAGCAACCCUUAAUUCUUUCGUCCUUCCUCAGCUAAAUCAGCUCGCUGAAAGGACAGUGGAUGUGGUCGGUAUAAAACAGCAACUUUUAUCUCAGUAUGAUGUCCUCCAGCAUCGCAUUGGAGAUCUAAAAGAAGCAACUGAGAAAGAGGUGUGGAUGUUGGCUCGAAUGUGCCAGCUCGAAAACAAAAUAUUAGCAGUGGGAGAGCCAGCGUACCGAACUCGAAGAGCAAGAGUAAAGAAAGUACGAGAAAGUCUGGAAAACUCCAUAAAGGGAAGGAUUGAGCUGAUCGAUAGCUAUGCUAGAAUAUCAUCAAUGAUUGAGAUUGAGGUGGAAAUGGACAGUGAUGUUCUUGCAGCUGAGGCAGUGAACAAUACUGUGAGUUACAUCUAUCAGUUAACUGUGAAUAUGGUGAUUGUGAUAGAAUCUGAGGCUCAAGUAAAGGCUCCAUUAUUUUGCACAGGAAAACAUUGCUCAACAGAUAGAGCAGAUCAUGGAACUCGAAAACCUUGAAGAGAAAUGGAAAUUACAGGCGGAGGCAAACGAUGAAGCAGAGAGACUUCUCAGCUCUCAACCUUAAAACCUCUAUGUAUCAAUAAGCAAAACGGGUGAGUAAAUCAUCAAUCAUGAUCUUCAUAUGAUAAUCAUCAAUCAUCACCAUCACAACAUACCUCAUACUCAUGGAAAGUAAUCAUCUUUCGGCGGCAUAUGUAUGAGAAUAUGACAUUAAUAAUGUCGUGGAUUCGUCAAUGAUAUGGAAAUGUGGACGAAUGUUGUGGCAAUGUACACUUUCAAUUACAAAAUGUUAAUAAUUGGAAUAUUUUCACUAUAAAAUAUGUUUAAUAUUUAA